CUUCUAUGCAUGUUAUUUUACCGCUGCAAUCAACAUGACAAGUUGUCAAAGUUCGUCGCCUUGAUCACGGCGGCAACGUGGCCAUCUCGCUGCUUAUGAUUUGGCAAUCAGGCCGACUGUCAACCUGAUUGUUGGACCAGAUCUCGUAAUCUCGUGCUUCACUGCACUGUAUGUUGUGGUAUGCUGCACAGUGCCCUUUUCAUUCUUCAAUUCACGGCAACCUGUCCACAAUGCUUCUUUGGCUAGCCCUGCAUGCCGCCGUGACGGCGGCGUACCUUUCCCCCACAGGCAACCGACCCGCACCAUGGGGCACUGUGCUGGGCGUCACCAAUGGCGUCAAGGUGUACUCGAACUACAAGGCGAAGGUCCACAACGGCGAUAACUACUACCAGGGAACGUACACGGGCCUCAAGUGGCAGUGCGUGGAACUGGCCCGGCGGUACUUGCUCAUCACCCACGGCGUUGUGUUUGAGUCUGUGGUCGACGCGGUCGAGAUCUUUAACCUGCGCUCGGUGAAAAAUGUCAUCAACCAGGAUCGCUUGCCGCUGAAUGUGUACCCCCAAGGCUCGUCGACACCGCCUCAGGUUGGGUCGUUGCUCAUAUGGGAUCGACAAGGCGUGAAUUCCCCACACGGCCAUGUCGCCGUCAUCGUCAAUGUCCAGAACACUUACAUCGAUAUUGCGGAAGAGAACUUCGAGGACACGGUAUGGCCGCCGUCGGCGAACUACUCACGCCGCAUUUCUGUCUCGCGUACCCCCGCAGCGUUCAACGUCAAGCCGUACUACAACCAGUACAAGGCAUCCGAGAAUGUCCUUGGAUGGGUAACCUUUAGCCCCUAGCACAACUUUUGAUAGGAUGGCCUCAGCCUCAAUGCCCCGCACUUCCACAUAAUUU